AUGGAGACCUUGGAGGGAACAGAACUCUGCUUCCCACAACUCCUCAACACCUCCUGCAGGAAGCCAAUGCGUCCUCAAUUUGAGGCCAUGCUGAUUUACAUUCUGCUGUCUUCCAUCUCUCUGCUCACUGUGACUCUUAACCUGCUGGUCAUCAUCUCUAUCUCCCACUUCAGGCAGCUUCAAACUCCCACCAACCUCCUACUCCUCUCUCUAGCUGUUUCAGAUUUCUUUGUGGGCCUCCUCAUGUUCUUUCAAAUUAUGCUCAUAGAUGGCUGCUGGUUCCUCGGUGACAUUAUGUGUGUUGUGUAUCAGUGUGUAUCAUACAUUAUCACCUCUGCCUCAGUAGGAACCAUGGUGCUCAUAUCAGUUGACCGCUAUGUUGCUAUUUGUGAUCCUCUGCAUUACUCCACUAAAGUCACAGACAAAAAAGUUGUAGUCUGUGUUUGUCUGUGUUGGAUAUGUUCUGGAAUCUUUCAAAGUCUGGUUCUAAAAGAUACCAUAAAACAACCAGGUAGGUAUAACUCCUGCUUUGGAGAGUGUAACAAUUUUGUCACCUACAUUGCUGGUAUAGCAGAUGCUAUUUUUUCAUUUAUUGUUCCCGUUACUGUUAUUGUUGUUCUCUAUAUGAGAGUGUUUGUGGUGGCUGUGUCUCAGGCUCGUGCCAUGCGGUCUCAUAUUGCAGCUGUCACACUUCAGUUUUCAGUGAAAGUAACUGCUAAAAAAUCUGAAAUGAAAGCAGCCAAGACUCUCGGUGUUGUUGUACUUGUGUUUCUAAUAUGUUUCUGCCCAUAUUAUUGUGUCACUCUUACAGGCCAAGAUAACUUGCUUAAUGCUUCAUCUGCUGCAUCUGUAAUAUGUUUGUUCUAUUUUAACUCAUGUCUCAACCCUGUGAUCUAUGCCUUUUUCUAUCCCUGGUUUAGAAAAUCAAUUAAUUUCAUUCUUACACUUAAGAUAUUCCAACCUAAUUCCUGUGAGGCCAACAUGCUUUAG